AUGGACCACCCUAUUGCCAUCCGGUUGGUGGGUACGGUGCUGCUGUACGGCGUGCCGAUCGUGUCGCUGCUGAUCGAGUCGCAGGAGCGGCUGUGCCUGGCGCAGAUCUCGAACACGCUGCUGAAGGAGUUCAGCUACAACGAGAUCCACAACCGGCGCGUGGCGCUGGGCAUCACGUGCGUGCAGUGCACGCCGGUGCAGCUGGAGAUCCUGCGGCGCGCCGGCGCCAUGCCCGUGUCGUCGCGCCGCUGCGGCAUGAUCACGAGGCGCGAGGCAGAGCGCCUCUGCAAGAGCUUCCUGGGAGACAACGCGCCGCCGCGACUGCCCGAGGACUUCGCCUUCGCCGUCCACCACGAGUGCGCCUGGGGCUGCCGCGGCGCCUUCCUGCCCGCCAGGUACAACUCGUCGCGGGCCAAGUGCAUCAAGUGCGCCAUGUGCGGCCUCUUCUUCUCGCCCAACAAGUUCAUCUUCCACUCGCACCGCUCGGGGCCCACGGCCAAGUACGUGCAGCCGGACGCCGCCAACUUCAACUCGUGGAGACGACACCUGCGGCUCAGCGGGUCGCCGCCCGAGGAGGUGGUGCACGCGUGGGAGGACGUCAAGGCCAUGUUCAACGGCGGCACCCGCAAGCGCCUCAUGGCCUCGUCGUCGUCCUCCUCCUCCUCCUCCCCAAGCUGGAGUCCGCGCCCCCUGCCGCCGCCGCUGCUGCCGCUCGCGACGCCGGCCCCCGCACCUGCGCGCGUGCCACCCUUUCCGGACCUGCCGCUUCCGCUCUCCAGGAGCCUGGUGAUGGACUACGUGUGGCACCAGAAACAGCAGCACUUCGCCUUCCCGCCGUACGCGGCUGCGCUGCCCUGGCUGGCGAGCGCCAAGUUGGGCUUCCCGCCCCCACCGCCGCCCCCGCCGCCUCCACCGUCCGCGCUCAGCCACGCUGAUCUGCAGCCCAAGCCGCCGUACCAGUCGGCGUUCCGGCCGGUGCUGCCCGCUGCUGCCGCGGCCGCUGCGGCUGCCGGCGUCGCCGCCGUCGCGACGCCCCAGCCGUCUGCGCCCGCUGCUCUCGUCGCCGCCGAAAACCUCGCGGAGGAAGAAAUCGCAGAGCAGCAAGACAGCCCAGCAGGAGGUGAAGGUCAGCCGGUUCCGCGGCCGGGCCUGUGGGCUGUGGCCCGCCUCUCGCUGGAGCACCCCGAGCGCGCCCUCUACCGCAGCGAGGUCGCCAGGCAGCUGCACAUCAUGAGGGGUGAGUCGCUGGCGGCCGGGGGAGGCUCGUCUGCAGCGCGCAAGUCGGCGGUGGGGUAUGGGGAGCCGCGGGGCGACGGCAGUCAUAAGCGCAGCACGGAACAACUGGCAGCUCCAGUGCCGACGGAGCCCUGCGCCUACUUUGGUCUGCCGGACGCUCUCCACACACCGGACAGGAUCAAAGAGGCGCACACGGCGCUGCAGCACCUGUCCUCCAAGAUGGCGCUGGACUGCUCGGCGUGCCACCAGCUGUACAGCGGCGGCGUGCUGCCCACCCACUCGCCCGACGCCAAGCUGGCGCCAUAG